GACCUCAACUUUAGUUGGACUUUUUAGAUCCGUUUUGAUAGAAAAUGCUCUGAGAAUUGUGCUGGUUGGUUUGUCUCAAACCAAAGUGGUCAGUCUUCCACGUGUGUUUAUUUUUUUUCGUUUGGGUGUGUGCCAUUUCUACCGAUAGAGUUCGUUUACAAUUGGAUGUCAGACUUUGGUGUGACUUCAUUAUGAUCCACGUGUUAUCGAAGAUCUGGGGCCGGAAAAAGUCUGGGAGCAAUGAGAACAGUUCGAAUGGAUCCUGCCCAAAGGUCAAAGAAGGACAGACCAUCUGGCAAAAGGCGACGUCUCUGCGUCAAUCUUUCCGCUAUUCAUCGAGAUCGAAAGUGGGUCAUAAAUCCGGGCUUGACCUGAGUACUGACAGCUCCCCCAGCCAAUCUCAGCUGCAGGUUCGCAGGGAUUGGGGUUCGCAAAGGAAUCUGGCCAGAGAACGCCGAAGCUUAGCCGCCGUGAAAUUGGUCUCCAGUGAUGAAUUAGCGGCAUCCAAAAGAAGUCUUCAUUCUCGGUCCCUUUGCAUGACCGGCGACUGGGACAUUGAAAGUUCAAAUUUUGCAAAUGAGGACGACCAGCCCAUGAAUGCUAAGCAAUCCCGAUCUCCCCGAAAAUUAACAAAAGAUUCGGGGUAUGAGACCAGCGCCCAGUGUGAUCCCGAAUAUGCCAAUUCGCUGUCUGACGAAAAAGCUAUUGAUCAAGCCGGAAUUUCUAAGCCCAGAGCCGAUCAGAAAGAGCCAAGAGGCAAUGACGAAAGGCUGGAAUGGAAUGUUCGUCACCGUCCUCUUAGCUUCAGUCAUCAAGAGGCGACUUCAGAAUGCAUGAAAAGCCAUCGCCAUCUCCGCCAUAGUUACAGUCAAAGGGAGGUUUCCCGCCAUACUCGACAAGCCAGUGUUGAUACACUGGCUAGCUCAACUUCAGACCUGAAGAAAUCUCACGCAACUAGUGUGGAGUCGGUGGGUGUCUUAUUUGGGAACAUUCCUUCUGUUACGAAGUCCACACCCCACCUUGUUCAGCGUCAUUCUACCUCUUCGAGCGUUUUACAUCAAUCAGACACAGAUGAAACCAGGAUUAAUAUGGUGAUGAGAAGGUUUAAGAAAGGUUCUGUAUACGACGCGCUUGCAUCGACAAGUGGCCUGGAUUUUUCUCCAGUUGUGCAGCUAAAAACCUACAAUUCCAAGAAGGAUGAUUCCAGUCUUUUGAUGUUGCCACCCCAAACGUCCGAAAAUAUAAAGGAGAAAGCAGCUAAAUUGCAACAUGACAAAUGUCCUGUAAAAGACACUAAUGUGACAAAUGUAUCAAAGAAUGAUUCACAGAUCUGUUCUUUAAAUUCAAAUCCGUCCCAGACUAUCCAAGAACCUAAAAGAACUUCUCCCGUAGCUAAGGAUAAUAAAGAAGCCGCCAAAUGCAUUGCUGCUCAUGAAAAAUAUCCAUCUUGGCCUGUUGUUGAUGCUGAGUCAACAUCCGUUACCUAUCGAUCACAUUCCUGGACAGGACAAACAGAUUAUCCCAAAGAAAAACCUGGCUUCUAUUCUAGACCAAAGAAAGUACACCAGUAUAAAAUAUCUACUAAUCAGUUGCAACCUGUUUUAGAACGAACGCCUGAUAAUGUUUCUAAUAAAACUAUUCCUGAAUUGUACUCUUCUGAUAGAAACCAUAGUUAUCGACCAUCGCAAUAUCUAAGUUGCAAUAAUUCUGCAGUGGAAUGCAGUGGUAAACAGCAGUUCGAUUUUGAAGCCUUUCAUACCCCUUGUAUUCCGCAAUGUUUUGAAGAUAAAGAUUAUAGCAUUCAUUCUCCUCCAGAAAGAGAUAGCUGCUCAAUUUCUCCAUCGAAAAUUUCUUGUGAAACACCUACCAGUGACUCAAGUAGUACUUUCCUUAGUGGACAUGAAGAAAUUCGUCUUCAGGCCCAGUACUCAGUUCCUCUUUCAACCAUUGGCAAGCAAAGACCAUUAGAAAGUAAGAAUGGAUCUUCAGGUCCUGAUACGCCUUUUCUUGAUCGUCUUCGCUUGGAAAAUGCUUUGCAAAUACCUCCACCUCCAGUGCCUAUACAUUCUGUUGCUAUUCCCCAGUUACAGCAUCAAGAAUUGCAAGAGCAAAGAAAUGAUUUUGAACUGUCCAGCGAAAACGGCACUUGGAUGGGAAGUAUGGAGAGUAGUAGUCAUGGACGAGGUAUGCCCAAAUGGCAAGGGUCAUACAGCGAUCUCAGCACUCUUAGCACUCAGCUAUCCAAUCGGAGUUCUUUAUUCGACAGUGGUCAUUCUACUAUGCCUGAAAGCGGACGGCUAUCCCCAGAAUCUUCUUGCGAUAGUAAUGCGCCCAGUUUAUUGUUGGAAGGACCAACACGGGCUGAAGUAGUUGCGAGGCAUGGGUGUCAUCGAGAAAUUGUUGCACAUAGUGCUCGCGUUCAACAGCCUGAAAGACAUGGAUCUGAGAGUAUUUUAUAUUACGCAACAAACUCGGCCAUUAGGCCAAACAAUGAAACUAAGAGUCCUUCCAAGAGCCCUGAUAGUGUAACUCGUAGCAGCCGCAUGUCAGCUGAAGAAUCUUUAUACCGAAGUCAUGCUUCAUUAACUCUGUCUCGGUCUCUUUCGAAAUCUAACCUUUCUGAUCGUGAAAGCAAAGCCAGCAAGUGUCUUCCUUCUAGACAAGAUUCUCGAAAAAGCUAUAAUUCCUAUUCAUCGGACGACUCUUUUUCACGUCCUAGAUGCCUUUUGAGCGACGAUACUAGUGGUUCCUCUUCAGAUGUGAGCAAUAUCACUUGUAUUUCGACUUUUAAAGGUGCUGCCAAAUCUCCAAGCUUAGGUAAAAGCUCUCCUGUUCGAGAGAUGUCGUCUAAACCGAUGGAUCAAGGGAUGUCAAAAUACGGAUUAGGAAUCGAGCCUCCGAAAUCAAAAAGCAUGGACGAAACAACGCGGAAGUUCAUAUUUCCUGCUGUCGAUAAGCGACAAAGAGUAUCUGAUCCGGAAUUAAAAGCUAUCCAGAAGCAAGCCGUAAUGUCCUUUUACCAAAGAAUGUCCCUUGCUGAAUCUAUAAAAUCUGAUCCCAAACCUCUUGUCCACUCACCGGAAGCGGAUACAGAGCCUCCACCUCCUUAUGAGGCUUCUCCUUCUAACAGAAUGAAACUACCUCUGCCUAAACUUUCCUUACUUUCUAAAAAUUUAAAGCAACAGAUGCUUCCUAGACCUUCUUUUCAAAGUAUUGCGAAAUCCGAGAUGCCUUUACCAAGUGCUGAAAGUGGACUUCAAGCUUACCACAGUAGAUCUGUUCCCAAUCUAGUGAUGCUUAAAGGUCAGAGUUUGGAUUUACCUGCUAGUCAUCCGAUUUUCAAACAAACUUACAAUGGAUCCGAAUCGGGAAAUCAAUACGACAGAAUUCAGAAAAAACAAGGAUCUCCACUUAUGACGGAGGAAGUGUUAUCUUGGGAUCAUCUGCCAAAUGUUUUGGAGAAAAAGAAAGAAGCCAAUGAGAAAAAGGGUGCGCCAUCUAGUGAGAGCAAAGAUCCCCCUGAAGAUAAUGGAGGCUGCUCCAGUGGUAUGCACUAUUUGAAGCCUCACAAGUCUCCUCGCAAAGUCCAGUUGAAGGAAGUCCACCACUCUAAUGAGACAGCAUCUAUCAGAGUCAUGACUCCAGAUGGCGUCACUAUUGUCCAAACCAAUGAGAAAUCAGCUGCUAAAGGACCCCACAAGCGUCGUCCAGCACCUCCUCCGCCCCCGAAGCAACCUCCGAGACGACCUCCCCCUCCCCCGCCGCCCGUCACGCCACCCCCAGAUGAAGUGGUCGUGAUAGUCGACAAAGCAGAAGUACAGGAGAAACUUCAAGAUCUGUCGAUUGACGUCCAAAGAGAGCUUCUCUGUGGAGACUCGGAAUGUCCCGAUUUGCCCUUGCCGCCACCCCCCACCUCGGAGGGCAACGAGAUCAUGAAUAUCUCCGAUGAGCCAUUGCCUCCACCCCCGGAUCCACGAGAUGUCGACAUUCACCCGAGACUGCUGGACAGUACAUCUCUGAUAUAUCCUAAAAAUUCGUAUAUGUCCUACCGAAGUGAAAGGAAAAUUAGUAGACAAGGAUUUGAUGGAAAAUACCGUCGGUCUUUUCACACUUCAUCAUCAUCCGUGGACCUUACAAAAUGCGAUUCAAACUUUCAAGAUGGUAAGAAUGCAUUUUCUCCCAGCAGUUGGGAAGAAAUUCAUAACAUUAGGCAACAUGGCACAACAGUGAUAUUUCAUUCAGAUUGCCUGCAGCCGGAAAGUCGACUGCAGAGAAGUAGCUCACAAGAUUGUGUGCUAGUUGAAGAAACCACAAACAAUGGUUCAGAUCACAUAUCAAAUAUUAUUAGUGAACAGAACUCUGAAAAUCAGUCAUCAAAUUGUAUACAUUGCCCUGAAGUGCAAGAACGUCAGCAACAGUCAGUGCCAUGCCAGCCAACUAGUCAUGAGAGAGUUGGGUUUGAAGUUCAAAAUUCCCCUUUAGACUCGCGUCAGAACUCGCCAAAGGAAUGUCAUCACACCAAAGGAAUGUCAUUAAAAUCGACUAUUAAUGAUGUUAUUUUAAACUGUGAAAUCUCGGAUAGUCCCUGUUCUUCCUCUUUAGAUAAUGGAAAAAAAACUUUGGCAGAUAGCUUAAUUAGUACUAAAAUAGACGCAAAUGUUGAUCUUAAUCAGAAUUCUGUGAAAAAUAAUAAAAAUGAUCGAUCCAAAAGUUUCAAUGGGACUGAUGUUAACAAUCGAAUCAAUAGUGCCACUCAAACUACAGAUACACCUAGACUCCAAAGGAAGUACUGCAAAACGAAAGCAGAAUUAGAGUGUGAACAGUUAUCUUUGGAUUUUAUUCAUCAUUAUGGAGAUAUUGCUCUGAAGAAUUUAUUGGUUCCUGAACCAAAUCACAAAACUAUGUCUGACUACAUAGAAGGGCUUCUGAAUUUAGAAUUGGAAAAAAACGGACUCCAGUCUCGCAAUUCAUUUUCAUCAUCUAAAAAUCAAAAUGAUCACAGGGAAGAAAAAUGGACAAUUGUUACUGAGAAAUUAGAUGAAAAACUAAGUGACUGCAAAGAAGUAAAUCAAAAUCAAACUGUAGAGAGUGACUUGGAAUUAAAGAAAAAAAAGGAGGAAUUAAUUAUCAGUAUUGGAAAGAAAGUUGAAAGUUUAAAAGAUGAACAAAAAAAUGUUCGGGCAGAAAUGAUUCAGAAUGAGUUGCUUGGGAAAGAAAUUGCAAAUAAACUUCAGACAUUAGCCAAAUCAAAUGAAAUGGAGAAGUACUUGUUGCAUGUUGAAGAAAUGGAGAAAAUAGUAAACUUGUUGUUGUCUUUGUCUGGCCGUUUAGCAAGGGCAGAAAAUAUUUUGAAAAAUAUGCAAGACAACAACUCUGAAGAAAAGAAACUUCUGGAAGCCAAAAGGAAUAAGUUAAAGGAACAGCAUGAAGAUGCUUGCAGAUUGAAAGAAAGCAUUGACAAAAGAAGUAAUCAAGUUUCUACAUUCCUUCACAAAUAUUUCUCUGAUAGUGAAUAUGCAAAUUAUGAUCGAUUUAUAAAAAUGAGAACAAAACUCAUUGUAGAUAUUCGAGAAAUUGACGAAAAAAUCAAUUUAGGGGAAGAGCAGUUGGCUGCUUUAAGUGUUGUAACACAUCUUUGGAAAAGUGCCAAUUCAUAAGUUUAAUUUCAAAUCCUGUCUAAACAGGUAUCUUUUUUGAGCACUUUUCCAACAAAUAUCUGAUUUUUACAAUUAGUGAAAACUAAAUCUAAGUUGUGAAUCUCCUAUUGCUUGGUGGCAAAUGUCUGCAUUUAUCAGAGCAGCCAAACAAUAGUGAUGAUAUAAUGCCUGAAGCUGUCAAAAUAUUGGAAACUACUUAACAUUUUUGAGAUUAAAAUGUAUGUGGAAAUCCUUGCUUCCUGUUCCUCUAUACUUUUACGUUCCAGUUAUUUUUGUUCAGAAUGUGACUGUCUCAUCAGUUUGCUUUGUUGUCAUGUGCAGUUGCUAUUAGAAAUAACAUUCAAAUACAAAAUUGUUUAAAUUAUUUUAGAAAAUGCUAUAAUAAUUUCAGCAUCAUGUUGUGAUAGUACAUACUCUCAGAAUUGUGCCAUUUCAAGAUAUGAGCUACUCAUUUGUUUGGCUAGGCUGUGCCAUUGUCAUAUUGAUUAUAAUGACAUUGUAUAUACUCUAAAAUUGUUAUACAUAUUAUAUAUUUGUGAUGAAUCUCGGCAGAUAGCGCAUUUAUGCUGGACCACUUGUCUUUACCUACCUGCUUAAGUGCUUGUUAAAAUAAUUACCGGUGACGUAUCAAACUGUAGUUUGCCUGAUUAUAUGUAUAUCCAGUUUUUUUUUUUUUUUUAACUUGGAUCAAUUUUGUAAUGUUCUGUUUCUGUUAUAAGUAAUUUACAGUUUGUGGUAUCUGGAAAAACUGAUAUUGAACAAUUUUCCUUUAUUUUGUUAAGUUGAAGUUGCCUAUGUUUGUGUUGACUAUGAAUUAUUUCAAUAUGUAAGUUAUUUAUAGAAAACGAAAUUGGAAAUUGUUAGCUGAGAAUUGUUUGAAAUUUAUAUAAAAAGAACCUGAUUUACAACUUUGUAAACAUUAAAAUGAAAGUUAUUUUUCUUAAAUUUUUUAUUAUGGUUACCAGACGUGAAUUAAUCAUUCUAGUAAGAACAUAUUUGCCAUGUAUAUUAAAUUUUAAAAUAUGUAUUGUAAUGGUAUGGUAAACAUUGAGGCAUGUUGAAAAUAUCUAUUGAAAUUGUGAUGAAAAGUGCUAUAGUAUUUUCUUAUUGAAAGCAUGCUUUAUUUCACGCGAAAUGAUGGGAAAAAAUCAUAGUUGUUCUUUUGUAUUGUUUUAUGCUGCAUUAGGGUUGUUUGAAGCAAUAAAUGUACAUACU